AUGCAUCUCAUCCUAACAGGCGCAACUGGCCUCGUGGGCACCGCCGUGCUCGACGCCAUGGUCCGGGCCAAAGAUGUCACCAAAAUUUCCGUCAUUAGCCGGAGACCACUCAAGCUCACGGACGACCGCAUCAACGUCAUCCUCCACAAGGACUUUGAGACGUACGACAAGGAGCUGCUCCAGAAGCUCGAAGGUGCGCAGGGCUGUGUGUGGGCAUUGGGGAUUAGUCAGACCCAAGUCAACAAGGAAGACUACGUCAAAAUCACCAAAACCUACGCCCUCGCAGCCGCAGAGGCCUUCAAAGACCUCACGCAUACCACCAAAACCAAGGAACCCUUCCACUUCGUCUACGUCUCAGGCGACGGCUCCACCUUCAAGCCGGGCCUCUUCACGCCCAUCUUCGGGCGAGUCAAGGGUGAAACGGAGCUCGCACUGGCCGAGAUGCAGAGGCAGAACCCGACCACGCUCAAAGCCAGCACCGUCCGCCCGAGCUUCGUCGACUGGACCGGCCAUGAGGAGAUCAAGCCUUACUUGCCGGAGAUUGGAGCGGCUAAGAAUACGUUCGCCACACUCCUUUCGCCGGUUGCUAAGUACGCGAUCAAGGGGAGGUGGAGUCCGACCGGGCCGCUGGGAAGGUUUUUGACGGGUAUGGCGACUAAUAUGUGGGAGGGUGCGUUGGAUGGUGAGGGGGUUGAGAGGCUGCCGGGUGGGUUUACCGUGGUGGACAACCCGGCGAUGUGGCGCGUGUUGGAUCAGGAGGCUGCGGGUAAGAAGUAA